AUGAUCAGGAGUAAGAGAGAAGGGGGGCCGUGUGCACGCACAGUUGAGUGUGAAGUUCGAGAGGACUUGGUUGACUCGUGUGUUCCUGGAGAUAUGGUAACAGUGACUGGGAUUGUGAAGGUUAGUCAGCUUCAAGAAGGUUCAAAAUAUAACAGGGAUAAAUGUAUGUUUUCUCUUUAUAUUGAUGCUUCGUCAGUCACCAACUGUAAAGCUGGGAGUGAUUCUGCAUCAGCUGCUGGGAUUGAGUUCAGCAUUAAGGAUUAUUAUGCAAUACAGGAAAUUCAAGCAGAGCCACAGUUAUUCAAGCUAAUCAUAGCAUCCCUGUGUCCCCGAAUAUGUGGUCAUGAGCUUGUCAAGGCUGGACUUGUGUUAUGCUUGUUUGGAGGCUGUUCCAGAGGUGGUGCUGAUAGAGUGCCAAUUCGUGGAGAUCCCCACAUUUUGGUUGUAGGCGAUCCAGGACUGGGAAAGAGUCAGAUGCUACAAGCUUGUGCUAAUGUUGCACCAAGAGGGGUCUAUGUUUGUGGUAACACAACUACCACAUCUGGGUUAACGGUUACCUUGAGCAGAGAAGGUGGGGGCUCAGGAGAUUAUGCCUUAGAAGGAGGGGCACUUGUUUUAGCUGACCAGGGUGUGUGCUGUAUUGAUGAGUUUGACAAGAUGGGCAACCAACAUCAGGCACUUCUUGAAGCUAUGGAGCAGCAGAGUAUCAGUAUUGCAAAAGCUGGUAUUGUGUGUUCUCUUCCUGCUCGGACAUCUAUUUUAGCAGCAGCAAACCCUGUUGGUGGUCACUACAACAAAGCCAAGACUGUUUCUGAGAACCUCAAAAUGAAAUAGCGCACUUCUAUCAGAUUUGACUGUUUUAUUCUGUUAGAUAAACCAAAUGAGGAGUUAGAUUGUCUGUUGUCAGAGCAUGUAAUGGCACUCCAUAGUAGUACUGGAGAAAAGAUACCAAAACCACUAAGUGGCGUAAGAGUACGCCGCGAAGAUUUGUUAAAUGCUUCGACUGUCAUCGAUAGAGAUACGCCUUUAAGGUAA